AUGGUCCCUGUCUUAGAUUGGUUUGUGCUGAAAAUGGCAAACAGAUGUAGAUGUCUGAAGAAUGUCAUGAGUAUCACAAAGAUGUUUUCCAUCCUAAGAAAAAGAGAAGAAGAUGAGGGGGCAGCUGAAGAGCGCCGUGAAAUACAUCUGGCGGUGACAAUGGAUAACCCUGAAUAUUUAUCAAGUCUACUUUCAGAAGACAAAUAUAAGAAAUUGGUCAACAGUGGUUGGGGUGUUUCAGUGACCCCUCUUCACUUGGCUGCCUCCAAAGGCUCUUUAGAAUGCUUAAAGAUUCUCCUUGCUAAUGGGGAAGAAGUGGACAUCUUGGAUCUGAAAGCCCAAACACCCUUAUUUACUGCAGUUAGUGGUGGCCAUUUUGACUGUGUCAAAGAAUUACUGAAAGCUGGAGCUUGUCCUUCAGGAAGCAUAUAUAACAACUGUACUCCAGUACUGAAUGCUGCCAGGGAAGGCAAUACUAGUAUCUUACGAGAACUGUUAGAUUAUGGCGCAGAACCUAAUGUCAAAUGCAAGUUACCCAACUGGACUACAAAUAUUGCAACAACUACAGGACCAUUGUACCUCUCAGCUGUCUAUGGGCACUUGGAGUGUUUUAGAAUCCUGCUUCUUUAUGGGGCUGACCCAGACUACAACUGCACUGAUGAGAAACUUCUGAAAAGGAUACAAUGCCCUAAAACAGUACUAGAUGUGUGCCUCAAGCAUGGAUGUAGGACAUCAUUUGUGAAAUUACUUGUUGAUUUUGGAGCCAAUGUCUAUUUGCCUGAUAUCCAUAUUUCUACGUCAUUCCCCAAUCAUGAGGCAAUGGAACUUCUGGCAACAGAAAAAGUUCAUCCAAGAUCCCUGAUGUCUCAGUGUCGUAUCACUAUAAGAAGGCUAAUGAAACAAGUGAGGAAACUUGGACUCAUUGAUCAGCUAGAAGUCCCUGAUGUACUACUGAGAUACUUACAGUACCACGAUGAGCUGGAUUACCAAGAGAAGCUGCCACGACAUAAAGAAGAAUAUACUAAGUAUAUGAUGUGUUAAUAAAGCAUCCUGUGGAACAUCAGAAAGCCAAUGGGACGAGUGAAAAUCCACGACCACCCAUGAUGGCCUUUCUUUAAGAGGGGAUGAUUUUGUUACCAAUGAACCUCUUACCUGCUGUGAUCAUCCUAUAAUACUGCUUUUACUGUCUAAUCUAACUUUCCGGGAACUGCAUUUAAUAUGGAUGGAGAUGAAUUUGAUAUCUCACAAAGGAACAAUGCCUGUUGGUGAACCUCUCUUGAGAAGGGCCGCUACCUACUAAAUAUGAGUGUGAAGGAAGCCACCUAGCUAAGGAACAUCAAAAACUUUAUUGAUUUUGGAGUCAUUAGCACCCUAGUCGUAUCAUAGGUCUUCCAACAAAUAUCAUCAGGUUCUUUGUUAAGAGUCCCUAGACACAAAACCUACAGGAUUACCUCAUAGAGGGUUCAGUAACCUUAAUAUACACUGAUCGGGCGAGCAGUGCCAGCCCGAUCAGCUGCAGGGGUCUGGCAGUCACUAAUAGCCGGACCCCUGCUAUAUGCGCCGGCAUUGGUGAAAACACUGAUGCCAGCGCAUUAACCGUUGAUGUGCCGUGGUCAGUGCUGACCGCGGCACGCGCAAUGUCUGUAGAGGGAGGUAGCUGCCAUCGGGUUCCCAGCGCUGCUGUGACAGGGACCCGAUGGCUGGGAGGGCAGCCUGAUACCUUCCUUAGGCAUCGUGGCUGCCUUCCUGUAAGCCUGUGAGAUCCAGCCCCCCGGAUCUCACAGGA